GAGUCAGUGCGGCUCUUACAAGGCGUUGCAUGCAGUUUACUCCACAAUGCGUGGGUGAUCGCAGGAGGAUGAAGGUGACGUUGGUAACUGCAGCUGCCCGAUGAAUGAAGGCGCAAUUAUGCCCUGUGAGACGGCGCGGAGCCUUCGCAAGAAAAAGUGAUUUGCUGUGAAUGAAUCUGAAGAAGAAGAAGAACUGGAUCUCGGCGUCGAGGGUCUCGGCUGAGAAGUUUUCCCCAGAAGUGAUCUAAAUUAACCAGCAGCGAUGAGGUCGAAGAUUUCUACAAGUUGGAUAGUCCGAGCCUGGAUAACGUGCGCCCUGGUCUCCUUUUACGCGCAGGACGCCGUCUCCAAGUCUCUCCAGUGUAAUGAAACACAUUAUUUAAAAGGCUCAAGAUGCUGCAAAAAGUGUGGACCAGGCCUCCGUGUGUUUUCCCACUGCACCAAUUCCCAACAGACUAUAUGUAAUAGUUGUAAUCGGGAUGAAUACCAGCCUGGCUGGACUGAAAACCAGAGCUGUCUCAAGCAGAAGUACUGUGACCAAGGUAAGGGUUUUAUGCCGAGGCCUGAAAACCUUGUGGCAGAGGAGCCGUGUCGCUGCAAACAGGACUUCCAAUGCCACCCCAUCAACUGUGAGUACUGUGAGAAGAUACCCAGCUGCAGUACUGGAUAUGGACUCCAGGUGGACCCCGAGUCCACCAUUGGAAGGAAGACAUGUGUUGCGUGUAAAAAAGGCUUCUUCUCUGCUGACAACAGUGCGGAACAAUGCAAACCAUGGACGAAUUGUAAAGCCGAGGACAGGAGUGAAACCCAGCCGGGCAGCGCCGAGGCUGACGCAGUGUGUGGACCACCUGUCUCUGGUGCAACGCCCUCCUGGCUCAUCGUCUCCGUGCUGUCAGUCAUCACUGUUCUCUCUCUCCUCAUCCUGCUCCUCUUCUGCUACAAGGACAAGCUGAAAUUACUGUCUGUAAAUCUACGAUCCUGUGUGCAGAAUCUGAAGAGGACUAGGAUACAACAGGAGACCUUGGCCCCUCUUUACCACAGUGGAGCUGGAGGAGGACUAGCAGGGGGCCCCAAAUAUACACCGUGCGAUACGACCAAACUCAUCUGCCAAGCCCCCCACAGCCCUGCCGACGGGCACCCUUGCACUUUCCCCAUGUCCGUUCCCGAUGUCAAGGUCUCACUGCCCUUAACGGGGGAAAGGACGGAGGAAGAAGGCACCAAGGGGAAGGCAGCGAUGGAGGACCAGAGUGAAGGGUCUGGGGAACCUGAGGAAGUGUCAGAAGAAGACGAGGUCGUCAGCGCGUCUCCCCUUUUGGCGGGUUCUUGCGUUUGUCUCGUUCCUAUCCGCGAACCCCUGGAAGUGGGGGAGAAUGAGGACUGUAGCCAGGCCGUCAGCUGCGGCACCCCAGGAACCUGCUCAUGUAGAGGGCCGGAUGGAGAGAGGGAUGCAGACGAGAGUGGGAAAGAGGAGAAUGGUGGGAGUGCAAGGGCAGACGGCAAUGGCAGAAACGGAGGCGGAAACCCAGAAAAGAUUGUUUUGACCAAGAGUGAAACAGGCGUUGCGUCUCUCGUGCCGCUUUCUCCUCCGCUCCUCCACAUCUCCUCCGUCAUACCUCAUCCCAGUACACUUCCUGAACUCUGCCUGCCGCUGUCUCAGGCGCAGACGAGGUCGGAGUUCAAAGCACACCUGACUGACAGGUCACUGGUAAAGCAGGAGGAGUCGUACACAGAGAGCAGCACAGCCUCUGCGAUGAUCUCGGUCAGCCCCUUGAUGACUUCCUCGUCUGUUGGAGAUCUUAACCUGGAGAAGCCCCCCGAGGCCUCGAGCCCGGAGCUCGGCCAAGGACUCUCCUGGGGUCGCAGCAGGGGAAUAAAACUCUCUUCUGGAGAGUUAGAUCUUGAGUGUUCACCUGAGAGCCUCCACAGUCAGCUGACUGAACCAACUCUUACCUCAGGUCAGGUGUCAGGGAGCCACAACACCACCUUCAUCUCCAGCGGCCAGGUGAUGAACUUCAGCGGCGACGUCAUAGUGGUGUACGUCAGCCAGACGUCUCUGGGCAGUGACGGGGCCGGUCAGGACGACGCCUUCGGGAGCCCCGUCCAGGAGGAGUCCAGUGAGACGGCCCCGGUUUUAAGGAGCGCCGCGAGGCCGCGGGGGGACUCGGUCAAUCGCAGCACCUCGCAGGACGAGACGCUGCCCGUGCAGGAGGUGGUGGAGGAGCGUCCGGCGGGAAAGUGAAAAGUGACUCAGAAGGACAUUAUUGAUCUCCUAUGCAGCCAAGAACCAAGACUGAGCUUCCUCUGUCCUUCAUGGACAGCACAUUCCUCAUCUCAGUGACAAUCAUUCAGAAAAUGUAAAAAAAAAAUGACUCUGAUCAAUUCAGUUACUUCAACUUAAUGUGUUAGCUUAUGUUACAAAAAGCCUGAAUGAAUCUGCAUAACAUCCCUGCUUCCUGUUAAAGAGGAAAGAAAAACUGCCAUUUGAAAUGAUGCCGGGGAGAGAGACACUUUUUAGUGAUGCGGAGCUGCAGAUCUAUGUCUGCAUAAUCUUUUCUUACUCAUUUGUCAGUGAAUCUUGCCUCAGGCAUCUCCAAAACGCCUUUAUUAGUUUUCCAUUGGAAGGCUUCACGCUUUGCAAUGGAAACUCCCUCCGAUCCAGACAAAGAUGGGGCAUUUGUUGAGAAUUAGUAGCAGAAUUAGCGUUCGAACUGGAAGAACGUUAUGUUCUUAUUGUAUGGAAAUUGCAGUUGGGUACAUGAUACAUUUUUAUUUUCCCACCAUCCAUCCCUGAUUAUCCUGGAUUAAACUCUAAACUACAUUUCUGUGUUUAACAUUUCUAAAAAAGUAUCCUUGCAUAACAAAAUAUCCACCAUGUGGAAAUAAUUGUGUUUGCUCACACAAAAUCAGGAUAUGACGGUAAAUAUUUUAUGGUAUGAAUCUAAUCCACCAGCUACUUUACUAUCUGGCCAUUCAGUGAGUGAGUGUUUGUCUUUUGGGGUUACAGGGUUUGACAAAAGAUCAUUUACAGUAAAGGGACAUAUCCAGUUUUGGAACAAUGUUUAUUUAUCCCAUUAUGUCUUUUGACUUUUUCAAAAUGAUCUUCUUAUUGCACCACAAGUGCAGUGUGUGUCAAGGAAAAAUGCUGUGCAUUUAAUAAGCUAUAUUUUAUUGCUGGUUUGUUUUGUCUCAUUAAAUUUUAAUGCACAAACCUUCACGAAGAAAAGUUAAAUUUCCAUCUGUUUAUAUUUUAAUUAUUUUACAAAAUUAAAUUGUCGAUCUAUCAUUUCAGAAGAUAUGUGAUCAAUGUCUGUACAUAUUUCAAAAGAAAGGGAUGUAUAUGUGAAUCUAAAAUGAAUGUUCUCUUUUUGCCUCCCCUUGUUUGAUGUGAUGCUUUUAGAUACGCCAUCAACAGCAGGCAGAACUGUUCAGUACAACCUCGCCAUAUGCUAGUAGCCAUUAUGUACAUAUCAAUCGAAAUCUUUCCAAUGAGAGACUGAAAGAAUUUUGUGAUUGAAAUUAAACACCUUUUGCAUCUAA